AUGGAUAAAUAAUUGUAAACUAGUCAAAGAAUCUUUACAAAGGCCUAGAUUGAUGAAAGAGUAAAAUAUUUAUUGUGUGUUGAUAUGGAUUCUCAUCAAAUCUUCACUAUAAAUCUUAAGAGUCAUGAAAUCUUUAUUGAAUACAAUGUUCCAUCUGCAUAUCGUUCUAAGGCUGAGAAAGAUAUCAAAGAUAUUUAGAGAUUAGUUUAAUUACCUGAUUCUUCAUGGAAUAUGGAUACAUAGAGGAAUUAAAGAUAUCGAAGGAGAGAAAUCUCAGAAUAUUUAUUACAUAAAAUUGUCAAUCAAGAGCCAACUUAUUUAGCAGAAUCUUCCAUGUCUGAUGCAUUCUCUGAAGUUACUUCACUCAAAUUAAUUGUUGAUUUAAGUGAUUAUCUCAGAAUCGAAGACUAAUCUUAUAAUGACAUUAAUCCUGUAACUAUAGAAUUAGAUGUAGAUUUAGUCACUUGUUCUGAUGAAGUCAUUAAGAAGAUACUUAGAGCAGUUUACAAUAACUUUUAAGUACGACUCAAAACUAAAUCCCUCGAAAAUUAAUUUGUUUUAUAGAUUUCUGGUUUUAGGGAAUACUUAGCUGGCAAUUAUUCAAUAUUAAGUUAUGAUAGAGUUAGAAUGAGUCUUAGAGGUAUUUAGUAUUUACAAGUAAAUUUAACUGAAGUUCCAAGAGUGAGAAGAAUGUAUGAUAAUUUUCCUCCAAUAUUUGAAAGAAAUGGAGAUGAAAGUGUACCAUGGGAUUAAUUCAUUGAUAUUCCUUGUUUUCUAUUUUAUGCUCCAUAUCCUUUACCUCCUUAUGUGAAUGUUUAACAAAGUUUUUAAUUUUUAGAUUAGAUUGGAUAAACAAAGGGGAAAUAAAAUGAAAAGAUAAAUAAAAAUGGAUCUCGUUUUUGUCCAUUAUAACCUCGAUUAUUUUUAAAGGAGAAAUGUUUGGAAUUUAUUGAUAUGAGAUACAAAAUGUUGGAAGAACCAUAUUUUCAUUUAAAAAAGAGUAUAAUAUAUUCAGGAGAAUGUGAUUACAGAUUUAAGAUAUAGAUAUUAUGUUUAUCAAAUGUACAUAGAUUAUUUAUAUUGGAUGAUAAAGAUCUUGAAGAGUUUAAGAAAGAAAAUGGACAUAAAAGGAGAGCUACAUAUAAUGGAUUAUGUCCACCGAGAUUUAUUACAAAAUCGUCAGCGAAAUAAGAGGAGUUGCAUAAUACUUCUAAGAAGAAGGCAAAAGUGGAAGAUGAGGAGAAAUUGCAAAAGAAGAUAAGUUUUUUAAAAUUAAGUAAGACAAAAGAUUAAGAUACAUGGUAAUUAAAAUAACUUUAGAAAGGUAUAUUCAAUCCUCAUUUUUUUAAUCAUGGUCCUCAAGGAACAGCAAAUAUGGAAUAUUUAAUGUAGAAAUAUGAAUUAGAUAUACAACCAUAUUUAAUAUCAAUAUAAGUGAUGUUGAUGUAUGGAUAAACACCUUUAACGAAAUUUAGUAUAAUGAACAGUCAAAAGGUAGCAUUUAGAAAGAAUAUUUGGUUUUAACAAGAUAUAUCAUUUUAAGGAUUGAAAAUUUCUUAAUUACCAAUGGAAUUAAGAUUAUGUUUUAAUGUGAUUUUACAUUCAUCAAAUGGUGAAGAAUAAAUAAUUGGAAGUACAAUAAGUGAAUUAUUUGAUGAGAAUGGAAGAAUGAAAUAAGGAAGAAUAAAUUUAAAUAUAUGGCCAUUUUAUAAAUGUGAUACAAGAAUAGCCUGUAUGAAUGAAUAUUAUGGAGCAGCCUUACCUAAUGAAUAAGGAAUACCAUAUUAUACAUAAUUAGUAAUAGGGAUGCCAAAAUUUAUAGAAGAUGUGUAUUGGAGUUUAAGAGAUGAAAAAUAUAUGAAAUAAGUAGGAUUUCCAUCUACUCCAUUAAACCUUUAAUAGAUUUGUUUAUAAUAUAAUAAUGGAGUAUUAGAAAGAAGAGGAACUCUAAAUACUGGAAUUACAGUGAGACCACAAAGAGAUUGGAAAGCAACUCCUAAUACUAAUGAAUUAGCUAAAUUGGAUACUUUAUUAAAAUUUGAUCCUCUUUAAAGACAUUUAUAUACAGAUGAUGAUAAAUUUAUUUUAUUAAAAUGUAGAAAUUAUUAUAAGAAUCAGCCAUCUGCAUUUCCAAUAUUUUUAUGUGCUAUUAAUUGGAGUGAUCCUGAAGAAAUUAGAGAAGUUUAUUAAAUGAUGAAUGUAUGGACUAGUUUACCAUCUGAUGAUGCAUUACCUCUACUUGAUGCCAAUUUUUCAGAUGAACUUGUUAGAUAUUAUGCAACAAAAAGAGUAGGUUUAUAUAAAGAUGAUGAAUUAGUUUUAUUCAUGUUAGAAUUAACUUAAGCACUCAUUUUUGAAUAAUGUCAUUUUUCACCUUUAGGAGAAAUGCUUAUAGAAAGAUCUAUCAUGAAUCCUUGGGUAGUUGGUCAUGAACUCUUUUGGUAAUUAAGAUCAUAAUUACAUAUCUAACCUACUUAUGAAAGAUAUAGUUUAAUAUUAGAAUAACUAAUGAUGCUUUUUGGAAAUUAUAGAUAUGAAUUAUUUGGAGAAGUUUAAGUUAAUGAUGAAAUUAUGAAAAUUGCUGAAUAAAUUAAAAAUGAAAAAGAUUCUAAUAAAAGACUUUAUGAUAUGAAACUUAAACUCUAAAAUGUUAGAUAAUAAUUCUCUAAAACUUUUUAAUUUGCAAUAGAUCCAAGAAUGAGUGCAUCUGAAAUGAUUUAUGAUAAAUGUAAAAUUCUUGAUAGUAAAAAAGUAUUCUUUCUAUUUAUAUAUAUAGCUCCCUUUAUGGUUAGUUAUGAAAUCUGCUGAAACUAGAGAUGUUACUUAAAUUCCUAAAAAGGUUAUUAUGAUAUCUUCUAAAACUUUAAAAGAUACUGAUUGUCUUGAAAACUUAAGAAAAUAAAAAGAAAAUAGAAAAACAACUAUUAAUGAAAAAUUUCUUAUAAUUUUUAAAUGUGGAGAUGAUAUUAGAUAAGAUUUACUUACAUUAUAAUUAAUAAAAAUUAUGGACAAGAUUUGGUUAGAUUUUGGUCUUGAUUUUAGAAUGAAACCGUAUAAAGUUAUUUCUACAUUUGAUUAAGUAGGAAUGAUAGAAGUUGUUCUUAAUUCAGAUACUACUUCUAGCAUUCAUGAAAAUGCUGGUAAAUUUGGAGCAUUAAAUAAAAGCUCUAUAAUGGAAUAUCUAAAAAAACAUAAUAAACAUAGUAUGGUAAAUGCAGUAGAGAAUUUCUUAAGAUCUUGUGCUGGAUAUUGUGUAGCUACUUAUUUACUUGGGAUUGGAGAUAGACAUAGUGGAAAUAUUAUGUUAACUGAAAGUGGUCAUCUAUUUCAUAUUGACUUUGGACAUUUCCUAGGUAUAAAAUCUGUUUAUUAAUUUUAGGUAAUUUUAAAACUAAAUAUGGAAUCAAUCGAGAAAGAACUCCUUUUGUUUUUACGUAAGAAAUGGCUUAUGUUAUGGGAGGAGUAUAAGGAUAGAAUUUUAAACGAUUUGAAGAUUUCUGCACCAAAGCAUAUAAUCAAAUAAGAUAACAUGGUCAUUUGCUUAUUAAUAUCUUCCUUAUGAAUUUAUCAGCUGGUAUGCCAGAAUUGUAAGAAAUUGCUGACAUUGAAUACUUAAGAGAAAAACUUUAAUUAGGUAUUGGAGAAUAAUAAGCUACUGAAUUAUUCAGAAAAGAAAUUACUACAAGUUUAAAUGAUAUGUGGAGAAAGAUAGAUAAUUUAAUUCAUAAUUUUAAAAGAACUUGA